AAUGACCUGAUGUUUAAUUCACAUCCGGGGUCAGUUUUGUCAGUGCUCCUAGCACGCUAGUUACUAGGUAAUGUCGAAAGCGUGCGUUUACUAUUUACUUUCAAAGCUGUCUGUUUUUUAAUCCGUGCUGUACUUUCUUCAAGCGUGGAAACAUGGUUUUCUACUUCACCAGCGCCGUUGUCACACCACCCUAUACCAUCUACAUGGGGAAGGACAAAUAUGAAAAUGAAGAUCUCAUAAAAUACGGAUGGCCUGAGGACAUUUGGUUUCACGUGGAUAAACUAUCCUCUGCACACGUUUAUCUGAGAAUGCCUAAGGGGAAAACGAUAGAUGACAUACCCAAAGAGGUCCUGAUCGAUUGUGCCCAGCUCGUAAAGAACAACAGCAUUCAAGGCUGCAAAAUGAACAACAUCAACGUUGUUUACACAUCAUGGGGCAACCUGAAGAAAACCGGAGACAUGGACGUGGGUCAGAUUGGCUUUCAUCGCCAGAAAGAGGUGAAAACUGUGGCGGUAGAAAAGAAAAUCAACGAAAUCGUCAAUCGACUCGAGAAGACCAAAGAGGAGAAGUACCCCGAUCUCGCAGCAGAGAAAGAGUCCCGAGACAGAGAGGACCGGAACGAGAAAAAGGCUCAGAUUCAAGAUACGAAGAGACGAGAAAAGGAAGACAUGAAGAGGAAAAGGGAGCAGGAGGAGUUGAGGAAUUAUUCAGCACUAAUGAAGAGUGAAAACAUGACCACAAAUGAGGAUGGUAACGAUUCUGAUGAUUUUAUGUAACUGGAAAAAUAAAGAUCUGCAGAGCAGACAUGACAUCUCAAACCAUACGCAUGCUCCGAUGAAGGCCACAGGGUUCGCUGUUAUGGAGGAACUUGCUUUCUGUGCAUCUUAAACACUACCUGUGCCAAGAAAACAUUUUGCUUGGAACAAAUCGUCUUGGAGCAAAUUUACCUAUGGCUUCUUAUAAACACCAAACAAGAAAAAGCAACGUCUGGUGUUGCAGUGCUGUUCAUGAAUCAAGGAACUUUUUUUUUUCCUCAGUAUCUUUGCUGAUUUUUCUACAGUGCAAAUUGUCAUUUUCAUUUUGUGCUUCAGUGGAAUGGAAUUGCACGGUUUUAUUAUACCUUAACUGAUCCUGCAGCAGUGAUAAAUUUCUUAUCAGUUUUUUCCAUAACAGGGCUUGGAUGCUGGUCUGUCAUUGAUUGUAUAGAUUUAUGUGCUUUAACUUUUGACUCAAUUGUUUUCUUGAGACGUGAAGAGUGCCAGAUGCUAAUUCAAGCCUACUGACAGUGUUAUAUAUGUAUGCCAGCCCUGAUUCAUUUCUAGUUUUUUUUUAUUGCAAUAAAUCUUAAACCCCAUACCUUUCCUUCUUCAAUGGCUGAUUAGAAAGGUAACAGAUUAUAAAGGUUAUCUUAAAGCAGUUGGUUUUAUAGCUACUGCACUUGAGUAAAAAGCAUUCAGACACCAAAGUCUGUCCACUUUUGAGAAAGCUGUUGUCAGGGUUCACGUACCUGCAGUUUUGUUUGUAACAUCCUGUUGUUCCAUAGCUUUUUGUUCUUUGUUAAUAAUAUAUCUAUUACAUCAGUAACAUGUACAUGUUAUAUAGUUAGAUUAUAGAUAAUAUAUCCAAACCAGACAUGUACAAGGACUUUGUCUUUAGACUUUGUUUUUCCGUACUGAGACAGUAAAAAAUAAACACUUUCCUUUAAAGGUACACUUUCAGACAUAAAGCGACCACACUAUUUCCCUUUUUGCUGCAAGGAACAGUUCUGUACUUUAAAAUGUAUAUUGUGCAUGCAGCGUUAAAGUAAAUAAGUAAAGCUUUAGAGUGACGCGGUGGUGCAGUGCAGUGGGUACCAUUGUUGCUUUACAGCUACAGCGUCAUUGCUUUUAUCCUGGUAUCAUGUGUUUGUGUCCAUGUAGGAUUUCUUCAUGUUCUCCGGUUUCCUCAUACCACCCAAAAACAUACAAGGUGGAUUGGCUAAUAUAAAUACAUUCAUCUUUAUGACCAGUGUUCCUGGGAUAGACUCCAGAUCCACAGAAACACUGAUUAAGGUUUUCUAAGAGUGAAUGAGUGAGUGAGGAAAAUAAAUUAUAUAUUAAAGGUAAUUAUAACACAUAAGGUACAAAAUGUGCCUAAUCAAUUACACCAUACCAGAGACAAGCAAAAGUACAUUUUGAUACUGUUAUUUGUGAGGCUGUAAGAAUAGAAAAACAAUAAAUAAAAUAUGAAAAUACUUAUGUACCAGAUUUACAAUAGGUACGAAAGUCUUCUGCCAGCCAAUCAGAAACCAGUACUUUCCUGCUAUAGCUAUAACCAAUCAGAUUUUAAUUUUGCUUUGAAGAAACGAAAGUAAAAGUAACACGUGGAUAAGUUCUAAUAGCUGUAAGAAUCUUCUUUUACGGGUUAAUUAGGGUUUAUUUCCUGCAACGAUGGAGAAUAUUCUGCAGCCAAUUUUAUCAAACCCUUACUUCCAACGGUUGUUUUACGAUUUCUUGUUAACGAUCAAUUUUUGUUCUGAAAGUGAAGAACGUCCUAUUAUCAAAAACGUUUGUGCUAAAAUCAGUGGACGUCUGUCUGAGAUCCUGAAGGUUAACAAUAAGGAUAAAGAGGAGAAGAGUGAUGUUGACGUGUUCUUCUGUCCGAUCGUCUCUCGAGCAGGAACCGACAUUGAAGCGGCUCUCACUCGGGUCCGACGUGAUAAGCCCACUAUUGUGUUUGUACUUCACCACACCUUCAGCACUGAAUACAUUGCACCAAACAGCAGCAGGUAUGAAAGGGAAAAUUUGUUGAUGGUGGACGUCUUGUUCCAUGAGGAUUCAGGACUGCUGAAAUGUUCAAAGAAUAAUGAAGCAAUCACCAAAGCAGGAAAUUACUCAAGGAAAUACGCCAGACGUCAGUUGAAUGU